AAAGACAUAUAUCUAACGGUAUUGAAGUGCGCGAUGCUGACAAAAAAAAUACGUAUUGUGCAAUGAACAAAGGGUUCACUGUCUUGAUCCCCAUUGUUCACAGCAAGAUGUUCCUAAUCAGCCACCCACAUUCCCAAUUCUAAAUCUACUACAUCACGAUAGAGAUUCAGGACAAAAUUCUACACGUUAUGGAAAACAGGGCGAAUGCACUUAGCGAUGAAAUUAAGGGCUACUUUGCGACAUCAAAGUAUUGGGAAUUCGAGAAACCCCUAGGCCACGGCGGAUAUGGUGUAGCGAUCCUUCUACGACAAAAGGCGGAGUUCGGACCACACACGCAACGAAUUGCCUUGAAGGUCGCAUUACAUAGAGAAGCAGACGAGUUGCGGAAUGAAAUCAAGUGGCUAAAGCAAGUACAUGGCUCUAAACAUAUUGUGCGGAUCGUAGCGUCGUGCGAGAAACCGAGUCAACCAGAUUGGGACACAGAGCCCCAAAUCCAGGAGCACCAGCCUUUGCCCCCACAAACUGCGUUUAACUGCCUGGCUCAGCUUGAAGGGCCGGUACUUGCACUGGAGUACAUCGAGAAUGGUAGUUUGUUGGAUUUCUUCUGGAGAAUGCAGGAUGAGGAUGUACAUAUGUCGAAUAGAAUGCUUUGGGCAUUAUUCUUGUGUUUGAUACGAGCAUGUAUUGGAAUGGCGUAUCCUAUUGGUAGCCCAAUCGGCACAGAGCCAAUACUUGAGACGAUCCCAAGAGAUGGUAGACUAGCGGGGGACAUUACACAUAAUGACAUUGCUAUUCGAAAUGUCAUGUUAGGCGGGGGGGACGACCUUGGUGAACACCACAUAGGACAGAUAUUUAAGUUGAUCGAUUUCGGUCAAGCGGACGAUGCUGCUGGCCCCGCAUUAGGACCAACUCGGAACUUACGUGCUGUUGCUGAGUUGGUGGCCGUUAUGAUAAACAUGGCCGGUAUUAACACGGAGCGAACGAAAAUAUAUAAAGGAAAAGCAACCUUGGCGGGGGACAUUAUACCGCAGCGCUGGGGGAACCCCUACGAAUGGCUAGAUCCGGACCUUGCAGGGCUCAUUGCGGAAUGCAUGUACAAGGACUCGAGAAACCGACCUACUCUUGAGGGGGCACUACGACGGGCAUCCGACGCCGUGAUGAACAAGAGACCUGGUUCGUAUCCGGAACCAAGGGAGGAAACAAAUGAUGCAAUACAGAAAUUUGUGCAAAAAUAUAUUCUCAAUGCUGCUGAUAAUUAACAUCAGUGCCGGGAUAUUACGCGAGCUAAACACAUCGAACACAAUGCACGAGUGUCGUAUGCAUCUUUUGGUGAUCAUGUAGAGACAGAUGUUGGACUCAUUAGAUACGAGACUGUACAGCCGUCGUUUAAUUGAGAUGUAUGGGUACAUCUCAGAGUUUAGUUACGGUCGAUUAUCUGUAUAUAGAGCUAAGGUUAGCUUAAGUUCCGUAGCGACGGAGAGCGGAUAUUCGCCUGUGUCAUAUGACGAUGCCUAUGAAGAAAGGGUGAUGGAUAGGUCUAUGCAAACUGUUACGGAUCCUUGUUACAGAGAUUUGUCGACCGAUCCGUGAAAAUGUGGUAUUGCUGGGUAAUCAGCUAUAGGUUAAGAUGGGUUGGUGGGAG